AUGUCAGACCAAAGCUUAUUGUUAACUGAAAAGGAUCUUAUUGUAAAUGGAAAAUAUGACUUAUCUAUUUUACAAAACCAUUUUUCACAUGGUGGGAUUCUUGAUCCAAACACCGUUGUGAGUCUCAUUAACAAAGUGACAUUAUUACUAAAUGAAGAACCAAAUUUGAUUCAAAUAGAUUCUGACUCAUUAGUUUUUGGUGAUAUUCAUGGUAAUUAUUUCAAUUUUAUUAAAAUCCUUAAUGACCCCCAAUGGGAUAAAUACCCUCAUGUUAAAAUCUUUCUUGGAGAUUAUGUUGAUAGAGGUAAAUGGUCAACUGAAACAAUAAUCACUUUGUUGUGUUUAAAAUAUAAUAAUCCUGACAGUAUUAUUUUGUUACGUGGAAAUCAUGAAUCAUCAUCAAUGACUCAUGUUUUUGGGUUUGAAAGUGAAUGUUUGUGGAAGUACAAUAGAAAUGUAUAUAUGGAAUUCAUUAAUUUGUUUAAUUACUUGCCAUUAUGUGUUUUAUUAUUACAACCAAUUGGUACAUUCUUCCUUUGUCAUGGAGGAAUAUCACCAUCACUUCGAUAUUUCAGUCAAAUACUUCGCAUCAAUAGAUUUAGAGAACCACCAGAAGAUGGAUUAUUUUGUGAUUUAUUAUGGUCAGAUCCAUUACAGUAUGAAGUGUAUGAAGAUAAGUAUGAACAAGGAUUAAUUGAUGAAGAUUGGUAUGAAACUACAUUUAUUGACAAUGAUAGUAGAGAUUGUUCUUAUUUCUAUGGAUAUGAAGCUGUUGUUCAAUUUCUUGAGUCAAAUGAAAUUAGAGCUAUUAUCAGAGCACAUGAAUGUGUUGAUGGAGUUCAACAACAUGACUUUGAACAUGAAGAUGGAUCUCCAUUAGUAUUUACAGUUUUCACUUCACCUGGUUAUGAUGGUGCAAAUAGAGGAGGAGUUUUAUUUGUUGGAAAUGAUGGAAUGAAAGUUAAAUUAUAUAGUAAUAUUGAACCUGAAUUUAAGAGUCCAAUUUAUAUUGAUGGUUUUAGAUUAUCUAUGCCAUAUUUAUUUGAUAAAUUACAGAUAGCAUGUGACCAAUUAAUGAUUCUCAUGUUUAAUGUAUUGGAUGAUGAUAUUGAAGAGGAUCUUAAAGAAUAUUCAAUUAGUUCUAAUGAAAGUAUAACACAUUCAGUUAUUCUAAAUAAAGAAGAAGAUAGUGAUGAAUUUCAAGAAUCAGAACAAGCUGAUCCACUUGAUCAAUUAUAUAAAGAAAUCAAUGAAGAAAGUCUAUUAAGUUCUACUCAGUCUAAAAAAGAUGAAAAUGAUUUAUAUAAUCAAGAAGAGAGUGAAAGUAGUGAUGACGAAUUUAAAAGACAAUUAAGUUUACUUCAAAAACGCCAACCAUCAGUCAAAUCAACAAACAAUCCCAAUGAAAAGAAAAAUAACAUCAUUAGUAUUGCCCCACCAAAGGAAAAUUCAUUAAAUAAAACUAUAGAUCAAAUGACUAUUAACCAAUUAUCAGUUGCUUCUUUGCCUAAUAGUAGUAUUAUUCUUGGUUCGUCUAAUGAAAAAAAUAAAUUGUUCUUAUCUUUAACUACUCCAGAUAAAAAGAAAGGAUUCUUUAGGUAUAAAUUCAAUAAGAGAAAUGAAUCAAUUCCAUUGUCUUUAUCUCAACUUAGAGAUGAAUGGAAUAAAUCACUACAAAAAGAGUCUAAGGAUUUUAGUGAUUCUAAAGAUUCGAGAAAUGGUUCUAAAUCAAGUUCAUUAGGAAGUUCUAUUUUCAAAGAAAGAUUCUUUUAA